AUGUACUACCUUAACAACAUCCCCCCUGACAAAAUACAAUCUGUUCAGCAUUACACCACAAAUCAUUCCAUUAUUGGAGAAAAAAAACCAACCAAUUGCACUGCUAUAAUACCUUUGGCAUACACGCCUUCAGCUCAGGAACUAGAAUAUUUGAAACAAUUCAAUUAUUUACUCUGGAUCGGUGAUGCUUUCGCUAAUAAAUGGAUUUUUGGUACAUAUGAUGAUGGUGAAAAUCUAUCACCUUUUGAUCACUUGAUCUUUUAUCGAAUGGAAUAUUCAUUAACUGAUAAUUAUGUAAUUUUUUUUGGUAAAAAUGAACAACGCGCAAUUCAGGGGCUCAAAACUAAAAAAGUGUACAUGUUUGACCGAGAAAUAUGGGUUCCAGAAGAUAAAAAAGAAUUCAUCUUUAAAUGGAAAGAUGGAAGAUUCUUGAAUUGUUUGAAAAUGAAUGUUACGAGUACUGUCGAUAGUCGUGCGAUUCCAGAGAAUUUUAUCGACAAAGUGGCAAAGUUCCGAGAUUUUAUUGAAUCGCACAAUUCAACACCAAUACUAUUCGGCGGGACGCUUUUAGGUUGGUACAGAGAAUGCUCCUUCAUCAUGGAUACGACGGAUGUUGACCUCGCAAUGAAGAUUGAUGCUUUAAAUCCUAUUAUGAUGAAAAAUUUGGAAAAAACGAAAGAAUUUAAGCUUUAUUGGAUUCUUGGAAAGAUUAAUGACUCAUUGGAACUAAGCGUUUAUUCAAAUAAUAUCAAGAUUGACUUAUUUUUCUUAUACGAAAACGCUGACUCUGCUUGGGUGGGUGGUUUGUUUGUGUCAAAGAGAAAGAAACUUCAAUGGAUUUAUCCACCAAUUUUGGAAUUUUGCGUUGGAGAGUUACUUGGCAAACUGUUUCAUGUGCCUUGCAAUGUCGAAGAAGUACUCCAGGCCGAUUACGGAGAAUGGAAAGUACCUCAUGCAACAGCAAAUUUUACUUGGUAUGAAUCUCAUAAAAAUAUUCGAGAAGCUGGAUACUGGAGCAAACAGGAGUGGAAAGACGUUUAUAGGACGUUUUGA